GAACCCAAACGACAGCCCAUUGGGGCUACAGUUACUAUACGACGUUGUACAGUAAGAGGGCAGUGGGCAGCGACAGUAGACAAGCCCCUGAUUGGUCUAUCCCUCUUAAGCUGAGCGCUCCGUCUUCCUGUGACUUGCAUGCUUGUUUCCUCUCGUUCGGGUGGAAUCAAAUGGAAACAGGAAUGGAGGUUUUUCAACCCGAGAUUGCAGUUGUGUAGGAAAGUCCUGAUUGGUGCCCACUAUACCAUAAUAAUCAUCAAUGGCACAAACUCUGAAUUUGGUUUCAUGUCCCUCAAGUUCUGGAACCAGGAUUUCACUUGGAAAAUACGGAACAUUUGUUUCGAGAUCCCCAUCCAGACUAUUUAGCAUCCGCGCUGUGCAAGACAAUGAGGGGCCUCCUCGACGGCUGGUUGACAUUAUUCGAAUUGUGCCAGAAAUCUCAAGGAAUUACUUCAGAAGUACUCCUAGGAGGGCGCUUUUUGGGGGAAUAUCCUUAUUGGGUGGCUUCUAUGUGGCACAGACAAUAUCUCUAUCGUUUGGAGCAUUGGGAGUGAAUGAUGUAAUUGCUGCAGUGGUGUGUGUUCUCCUUACAGAAUAUGCAACAAGGUUAUAUUACAGUCGGCCAAAGGUGACUUUCCCCCUUGCUCUGCUGAACAACUUCAAGAUGGGUUUCACUUAUGGUCUCUUCAUUGAUGCCUUUAAACUUGCCAGUUAAAUUGACAUGUCCCAGUUACUCGCCUUCCUGGCCGACAUGCCUUAUGUGGUACAAGUUAUCUUGUCAUGGGUUCUGUUCAGAAUUUGGUAUUAGAAAUGCCAUCUCUGCUCUAUAGCUUUUCUGAAUAAGGAACACUCCCCCAUGAAAGCCAUUCAUAUUGUCCCCGGUAGAGCAUCCACUCUCCUGUUCUUCCCUUAUUGGAUAUUUCCACUGUUGGAUGACCUAUUGUUUCUUUUAAUGUAACCCUCUUGGCUUCGCUCUUGUUGAUACCUUGCACAAUGCAUAACAUGUAUAUGGAAUUUGACAACUUGGAUGGAAUUGGCUUGUUCU